AUGCCAUGCGAUAACGAAUGUAUUGACCUGAAUAGAAAGAAUACAAAUUUAUACUUUUGUUGUGACCGGUGUCCAUUACAUAUUAUGUGUGGCGAUCAAAUUUCUGCAGAACAAUUAAAUACGACUGGACUAAUAAGCGUAGGUCAUGGUUGCAUGUUACGAAACAAGAAAGGUGUCAUUUAUGCUCAUAAUGCUUAUCAGAAUGUGCUCAAAACUGGACCAAUGGUGUAUUCGCCUUACAUGGAUUCAAUUAAUAAUAUGAUAAAUGUGUCUUUAUCGUCAGAUGUUAUGGGAAAUUCAAAAAAUAACUACACCAUUAGUAGUCUUGAUAAAAUAGGUGCGGAUCUGGAACAUAUGCGGAAGGCUGCUCCCAUAAUUAGCAGUGUGACAUUCCAUGACGUACAUCAGUAUAUUGCCUCAUACUCCAUUUUGGGAAUUUUCGUCGUGGUAGGAGUGAUUCUACUGUUUCGGAGGUUUCGUCGAACCGGUACGGCAGCACCUGUCCAGCAGAUACCAUCAACCAUAGCAAUGAUGCCAAUACAGCAAACCACUGAUGUGCAGGAGGAAACAUCGGUAGCGGCAUUGGCAGCAGCAGAGGCAGCCAGUAUCGCAGUGGGCUCCAAAGAACCCACCCGGGACCGGACUCCGAUAGGUCUUAGUGUUAAUGAUAGUGCCGUGGAAUGGUACGAUGAAAAAUUUAAUAACUAUUACAGGGUUAGUAGAGAACAAUUUCAAGAACUUUUGUCAUUUGUGGAGGCCGAUAUUUUAAAACAAAAUACUUACUACAGGAAAGCUAUUUCACCUCAAGAGAAACUAGCUGUGUGCCUAAGGUAA